AUGCAUGUUUCACUCCCCGUUGUCCGACGCCUCGGUCUGUCGAUGCAGGUCAUGCCAGCUCUGGCUGCGACGGUCGAACUCAAGGCCACUGCAAACCCAGCCAACCCAGAGCAAGACCGAUGCUACGCCAUUGUCACCGACCUCAACGGAUGCAGCGGCACCAGUGAACCGUUCUGCUCAAACCUGCUGGGUCUCGCCGACGGAUGCGGAAGCUGCAAUGGGGUGAAGGGCAAGGAGAUUUGCGGUUCUGCAGCCGUGGAAAUGAACUUCGACACGGGCGAGUUCAGAUUUGAGAAUGGUCUUCCCGACGGAAGUGCGUCUUGCAACAUUGAUCCGUUCGGCGGCACUUGUACGAUUUGA